AUUCAUUCCAACAUCUUUCCUACGCCUUUGCUAAACGCUGAACCAAGUUUGUUAUUCCCUACCGGCGGGUAGAAUAUGUAGGGUGGUAGCAUUGAGAAGACGAGGGUAUGGAGUGCUGUCCAAUGGGAAGUGAGGAAAAAAGGUCGAAACGUAGCCCUUUAGGUUAGUAUUUCUCGGGCUGACCAACAACUUUUUGCACUGAGAUGCGGCCCGAGGGUCGCCUGCCCGGGAACCAAAAAAGGGGCCUCCGAGGGCUGAAGAUAGAGGAAAUUUCCAGAUUCGGAACUAACUCAAUCAAAUCUGAAACGAUGUCUUGCAAAUAAGCCACCGGUCAAGGCUGAGUAUCUCGACUAUGCUUUCCCCGGUUGCUCUGAGUUUCAUUUCCUUAACUUACCAGGUAGGUAGGUACCUACUAAACUACCGUACCGGUACCAAUCAUAGGUACAUAUCCAUGGAUGUACCUUAGGUACUACAUAGAUAUAGUUUAGGUAAAUACCUAUCACGGGGUUGUACCUACCCAAUAGCUACCUACCUAUAAAUUCUCUCAAGGUGCCCCGUGGCCCCAAUCGAUGACUCAACCCUCUACCUAUUUGAUGGACGAUUAAUCUUCUUAUCUACUCUUAUCACUUCAAAGUUGAUGUAUUUUCCCUACUAAUCUACUCGAACACUUCCAUUAAUCUUACGGCAUUCAUCCUUGGACCACCAUGGAGUCUAUUUCCUUAGACUCACUAGCUCUAGAACAGCUUCAUGGAGAGCAAAAAGCCCUCCUAGAUGCUAUCGAUGAUCUACGCCGACACGGUGUCGGUCGGUUCGUCGAUCUGCCCCAAAUCAUUGUCGUUGGGGACCAAAGCUCCGGGAAAAGUUCCGUGCUCGAAGCCAUCUCAAGAGUACGGUUUCCUGUCGACGAUGGACUCUGCACAAGAUUUGCCACAGAGCUCGUUCUGCGCACCAGCAACCAAACCAAAGUCGAUGUGCGAAUCUUGCCUUGUUUAUUUUCCAAGAACGGGGAACAUCCCUUUGACGAGAGAUCCUUCAACAAGGAAGAGCUACCUCGUAUAAUCAAUGAAGCUAAGAGAAUAUUGCUCAAAGGAGAUGCUGGCUUUUCGGAAGAUGUUCUAAGAAUCGAGGUAUGCAGCCCCGAUGUACCACACCUCACCAUGGUCGACCUCCCAGGUUUCUAUCACUCCGAAGAUGAGAAUCAAUCGGCCGCUGGCCGAGAGAUUGUGGAGCGCUUGGUGGAACGUUAUAUGGCUCGCAAGAACAGUAUUAUCCUGGCUAUCAUCUCCGCCCGCAAUCAGGUCAUAUUGCAGAAGGUUCUGUCCAAAGUCAAGCAGCACGACAAGCAUAAACGGCGAACCCUCGGUAUCAUCACAAAGCCGGAUAUCCUUACAGCUGGUUCCCAAGACGAAACAAAUUUUGUUAGGCUUGCUAAAAACCUAGACAAAUCUCACGAAUUAUCUCUGGGGUGGCAUGUCCUUCGCAACCGAGGCGAAAAAGAUGUUUUGGACACUGAUGAUGAGCGAGAUGAUAAAGAGCGAAAGUUCUUCGAAUCAAGCAUUUGGUCUAGCGUACCUUCAAAGAACCGCGGAGUAGAAUCUCUCCGUAAGAAGCUCAGCGGUAUCCUCUUAAGCCACAUCAAGGAAAACCUCCCAGGUCUAAUCUGGAGUAUUGAGGAACAGGCCAAUGGCCACAUGGCUCGGCUCAAGCGCCUCGGGGAGCCAAGGUCGACCCAAAAAGAAUUACGAACGCAUCUCGACAGAAUUGCCUCCCAGUUCCAUAUCCUGUGUCUACAGGCCGUGGAGGGAAACUACGCCGAUCGUUUUUUUGGCGGCUUGUAUCCCAAAAAUGAAGGGACUGCUACGAUCAGCGACAGUAGGGUUAGAAAGAUUCGUGCACUUGUUCGAGACCUCAAUCGAGCAUUCGCCUACGUCCUAGAAACAAAAGGUUCUAGACGCAUUAUCCUUCCCAAGGAACCAACAGGUGCAAUGGACAACCAGCAGGUUUCCGAGAGUAUCAAUGGCACGGAUGGAAUUGGGAAAGCUAGUCUAAAUCCUACUUUGCCUACAUUCCUUCGCCCCCUGACCACUCAUUACAACUUUAAGGUCCCGGAAAAGGUCACUUUCAGACGUAUCGCGUCAGAUUUGGAAUCAUUGUCAUCGGCAAACCAGGGUAACGAGUUUCCUGGGACUUCGAACGAUCGCUUAGCUGUGAAGCUAUUCCAAGAUCAGUCGCGGCCGUGGAAAGCAAUUGCACGCUGCCAUAUCCGACUCAUGCUUCACACUACUAAAGAAUUCGUCGAGAAGCUUAUGGACCACAUCGUAAAUCCAGACGAAAGAACUUUCUCUGCAAUUCUCUCUAAUAUAGUGGACCCUUUUUUUGACAAGAAGUCCGAGGUUCUCGAAUCGAAGUUGCAGGAACUUCUUUACCAUUAUAGAAGCGGUUAUCCACAGCCUCUGGAUAGUGAAUUCCGAAUGAUGCUUGCACUGAGAUACGAGAAGAACCACAGAGAAGACAUGAUCCAGGACCUACUCGCAAAUCAACCUGAAUUAUUCACGAAGGACGCACACGCGAAGCUCAAAACAAUUUCAACGCCCAAACCUGCAAGCGAGUUUGGGGUGGAUGGCCUAAUUGACAAGUCCGAGACUUAUUACCAGAUGUCACUUCGGACAUUCACAGAUAACAUGAUCGUUCUAGCCAUCGAGAACUGUCUUAUUAGAGACCUGCCGUCAAUAUUUACCUCGGAGAAAGUUAAUCAAAUGGAGGAUAACGAACUCGAACGACUCGCGUCCGAAUCGCCUGAGAUCAAGCUUGAACGAAAGGAGCUACAGGAGGAAUACGACGCUCUCAUGAAAGGGCUGCAGAUCUGCAAUAAAUUCAGAGAGCGCAAGGCUACAGAGCCUAUUUCAAUAAGGGUAGACACACCUCCAGAAACCCAAGAACAGGAUAAACUAUUUAGUUUCCUCAACUCAGGUCGUCAGGCCACCUCUAAACCAUCUCAGACAGGAGCCUCUCUGUUCUCGUUCAAUGACUCUGUAUCAUCAACUCCCUCCACGAACCUCUUUCGGUCGACUUCUCCAGAAACGAGCAAGGCGCCAGCCUCGAACCUAUUUAGCUUUGGAAAAAAACCAGCUUCAGAAAGUAGCUCGGCAUUCGGUGGUUUUGCCGGACCAGUAGGGCAAACAGUUUCGCUGUUCGGAUCCAGUACGUCUCCGCUCAGCAGUCAAAAAGUGACAUUUCCUCAGUCACAGCCAGGUAAAUGUAAGUCUUCAAGAUUUUCAGCAAUACUAUGCUACUAUAAACAGUUAACAAUGCCUAAUAAUUAGGAUUAGACUUCAGCCCCUUGCCGCACCAAUUCGGCCCUACAGUUAAGCCUCUUCACCAGAGCGAAAACCCGCAAUCUUCACACUACGAACUUUUUCGACAUAUAUGUUGUCAGAAGCCGUAUACAGGCUACUCACCUGAAGAGCUGAGGGUGCUAGCGUCGACUCCGCUGUUUGGAUAAAUUGUACGAUCGAAGGAAUGAAUAAGGCAGAUGAAUGUUUCUAGGGCAAGAGUUAAUUUCAAUACAAUUCGGCCCUUUGUCAGGAGUCUCUUCUAUGUCUCGAAACAACUGCAUUAUGUUGUCUUUUUCCUUGUGUUGAAUGAUGCCACUAUUCUCGUGUAACCUAGUUGUACAGAAAUUGAUUGGAUGGGCCAUGAAGCGCCGAUUGAAGUUGGUUUAUGUAAUUGUCUGAUUUCAUAAUUCUUAUGCCGCGUAGACAAUCCUGUAGAUCUUUCUAUUG